CGCGGAUGACGUAACGAGGGCGCCACGAUUCGAGGAGUUCAGAGCUGCUUCCACGAACCCAACUCCUCUCUCCAGCCAGGGACACCUGCGGAGAUGUCCCCCGUCCUCCACUUCUAUGUCCGUCCCUCUGGCCAUGAGGGGGCAUCCUCUGGACUCACUCGGAGGAAGCUGCAAGGAAAACUGCCAGAGCUGCAGAGGGUGGAGACAGAGCUGUGCUACAAUGUGAACUGGACAGCUGAGUCUCUCCCAAAUGCUAAGGAGAUGAAGAAGCUGACGUGGCUGUUUGGCUGCCCCUUGUUGCUGGAUGAUGUUGCUCAGGAGUCCUGGCUCCUUUCCAGCCCCAAUGACCUGCUGUUGGAGGUCGGGCCUAGGCUGAACUUCUCCACCCCGAUGUCCACCAACAUCGUGUCAGUGUGCCAGGCUGCCGGCCUGGGGGCUGUGGAUCGUGUGGAAACUACCCGGCGCUACCGGCUCUCGUUUGCCCACCCCCCUUCAGCUGAGGUGGAGGCCAUCGCUCUGACUACACUGCAUGACCGGAUGACAGAGCAGCACUUCCCCGUCCCCAUCCACAGCUUCGCCCCUGGGAACCUCCCAGCACCUCUCAGCGGCCCUAUCAACAUACUAGCCGAGGGCCGGCCCGCCCUGGAGAAGGCCAACCAGGAGCUAGGUCUGGCCUUUGACUCUUGGGACCUGGAUUUCUACACCAAGCGCUUCCAGGAGCUGCAGCGGAACCCCAGCACUGUAGAGGCCUUCGACUUGGCUCAGUCCAACAGUGAGCACAGCCGGCACUGGUUCUUCAAGGGUCAACUCCACGUGGACGGGCAGAAGCUGGCCCACUCGCUGUUUGAGUCCAUCAUGCACACCCAGGCAUCCUCCAACCCCAACAAUGUCCUCAAGUUCUGUGACAACAGCAGUGCCAUCCAGGGAGAGGAAGUCAGGUUUCUGCGGCCCGAGGACCCCACUCGGCCAAGCCGCUUCCGGGAGCAGCAGGGGCUGAGACACGUUGUCUUCACAGCAGAGACACACAACUUCCCCACAGGGGUAGCGCCCUUCAGCGGUGCGACCACGGGCACAGGGGGCCGCAUCCGAGAUGUCCAGUGCACAGGCCGUGGAGCCCACGUGGUGGCUGGCACUGCUGGCUAUUGCUUUGGAAACCUGUACAUCCCAGGUUACACUCUGCCCUGGGAGGAUCCCAGCUUCCAGUAUCCUGGGAACUUUGCCCGGCCCCUGGAGGUUGCCAUUGAAGCCAGUAAUGGGGCUUCUGACUACGGCAACAAGUUUGGGGAACCGGUGCUGGCAGGUUUUGCCCGCUCCUUGGGCCUCCAGCUGCCUGAUGGCCAGCGGCGCGAGUGGAUCAAGCCCAUCAUGUUCAGUGGGGGCAUCGGGUCCAUGGAAGCUGCACACGUAGGCAAGGAGCCCCCAGAGCCAGGCAUGGAUGUUGUAAAGGUGGGGGGUCCUGUCUACAGGAUUGGAGUCGGGGGUGGCGCUGCUUCCUCUGUGCAGGUGCAGGGAGACAACGCCAGUGAUUUGGACUUCGGUGCUGUGCAGCGGGGAGACCCAGAGAUGGAACAGAAGAUGAACCGGGUGAUCCGGGCUUGUGUGGAGGCGCCUGGGGGCAACCCCAUCUGCAGCCUGCACGAUCAGGGUGCCGGUGGCAACGGUAAUGUCCUGAAGGAACUGAGUGACCCAGCUGGAGCCGUCAUUUACACCAGCCGCUUCCAGCUCGGGGACCUAACCCUGAAUGCCUUGGAAAUCUGGGGGGCUGAGUACCAGGAGUCAAAUGCGCUUCUGCUGCGGCCCCCCGAGCGGGACUUCCUGCGUCGUGUCAGUGCCCGGGAACGCUGCCCAGCUUGCUUCGUGGGCACCAUCACCGGCAACAAGAGAAUAGUGCUGGUGGAUGAUCGGGCGUGUCCUGGAGGAACAAAUGACGAAGGGGAUGGCCCACCGACACCUCCCCCCACCCCUGUGGACCUGGAGCUGGACUGGGUGCUGGGCAAGAUGCCUCGGAAGGAGUUCUUCCUCCAGAGGGAUGCCCCUGUGCUGCAGCCUCUGGCCCUGCCCCUGGGGCUGAGCGUGCGCCAGGCCCUGGAGCGGGUCCUGAGGCUGCCUGCCGUGGCCAGCAAGCGCUACCUCACCAACAAGGUGGACCGCUCUGUGGGGGGCCUGGUGGCCCAGCAGCAGUGUGUUGGACCUCUGCAGACCCCCCUAGCAGACGUAGCGGUAGUGGCCCUGAGCCACCAGGAACUUGUGGGGGCUGCGACAGCCCUGGGAGAACAGCCAGUCAAGAGCCUGCUGGACCCCAAGGUCGCUGCCCGGCUGGCGGUAGCCGAAGCCCUCACCAACCUGGUGUUUGCUCUGGUCACUGACCUCCGGGACGUGAAGUGCAGUGGGAACUGGAUGUGGGCAGCCAAGCUCCCAGGGGAGGGCGCAGCCCUGGCCGACGCCUGCGAGGCCAUGGUGGCAGUGAUGGCAGCCCUGGGCGUGGCGGUGGACGGUGGCAAGGACUCCCUCAGCAUGGCUGCCCGGGUGGGCCCUGAGACCGUGAGGGCUCCUGGGUCGCUGGUCAUCUCGGCCUAUGCUGUAUGUCCAGACAUCACAGCCACCGUCACCCCAGACCUCAAGCAUCCUGGAGGGAGAGGCCAUCUGCUCUACGUGCCUCUGAGUCCUGGGCAGCACCGGCUGGGAGGCACAGCUCUGGCCCAGUGCUUCUCCCAGCUUGGGGAGCAGCCUCCUGACUUGGACCUCCCUGAGAACUUGGUGCGGGCCUUCAGCACCACCCAGGGGCUGCUGAAAGACCGCCUCCUCUGCUCAGGCCACGACGUCAGCGAUGGAGGCCUCAUCACCUGCCUACUAGAGAUGGCCUUUGCUGGGAAUUGUGGGAUAGAGGUGGACGUGCCUGCCCCCGGGAUUGAUGCGCUGCCUGUGCUGUUUGCUGAGGAGCCAGGCCUGGUGCUGGAGGUGCAGGAGGCACACCUGGCCCAAGUGCUGCAGCGUUACCAGGGUGCUGGCCUCCACUGCCUGGAGCUGGGCCGCACGGGCGCUGCUGGGCCCCACGCCCCGGUGCGCGUGUCAGUGAACGGGGCUGUGGUCCUGGAAGAGCCUGUGGGGCAGCUGCGAGCCCUCUGGGAGGAGACGAGUUUCCAGCUGGACCGGCUGCAGGCAGAGCCAUGCUGUGUGGAAGAGGAGGAGCGGGGGCUGAGGGAGCGCACCGGGCCCAGCUACUGCCUGCCCCCCGCCUUCCCCAGAGCCUCCGUGCCCCACGAGCUCGGUGGCCCUGCCCCCCGAGUCGCCAUCUUGCGAGAGGAGGGCAGUAACGGAGACCGGGAGAUGGCCGAUGCCUUCCAUCUGGCUGGGUUUGAGGUGUGGGAUGUCACCAUGCAGGAUCUCUUCUCUGGGGCAAUCGGGCUGGACACAUUCCGCGGUGUGGCUUUCGUGGGUGGCUUCAGCUACGCAGACGUGCUGGGCUCUGCCAAAGGGUGGGCAGCUGCCGUGACCUUUCACCCACAGGCUGGGGCUGAGCUCAGGCGUUUCCGGAAGCGGCCAGACACCUUCAGCCUGGGCGUGUGUAACGGCUGUCAGCUGCUUGCUCUGCUGGGCUGGGUCGGAGGGGACCCCAACAAGGAGGCAGGGCAGACAGACCCCAACUCCUGCCCAGCCCAGCCGGGCCUCCUGCUCCGCCACAACCUGUCUGGGCGUUUUGAGUCUCGCUGGGCCAGCGUGCGAGUGGGGCCCGGGCCAGCCCUGAUGCUGCGAGGGAUGGAGGGUGCCGUGCUGCCCGUGUGGAGCGCCCACGGGGAAGGUUAUAUGGCGUUUUCUUCUCUGGAACUGCAAGCCGAGAUCGAGGCCAGGGGCUUGGCUCCGCUGCACUGGGCGGAUGAUGACGGGAAUCCCACCGAACAGUACCCCCUGAACCCCAAUGGCUCCCCAGGGGGCGUGGCUGGCGUCUGCUCCCAUGACGGCCGCCACCUGGCGCUCAUGCCUCACCCCGAGCGGGCCGUGAGGCCCUGGCAGUGGGCGUGGCGACCCCCUCCUUUUGACACUCUGGCCACCUCCCCCUGGCUCCAGCUCUUCCUCAACGCCCGAAAGUGGACCCAGGAAGGAGGCUGCUGAGCAGGCCGGGGAGGCUCACCUGGGCCUGCUAGUUUGUGCCCGAGGUGUCUGCUGCCCUCUCCCCACAUCCCCUUCAGGAGCACUUGACAUACUCCCAAACUGAUCUCGAAGAGUCAAGGACCAAAAUGGCAAAACAACACAGCUAAUUAGAUAAUCUGCCCUCUUUUGCCUUAAGCUACUGGAUCUGUUUUAAGUUCUGCUUUAUCACAUUCUGUUCUUCGUAGGCCCAGGAAGCAAAAAGAGCCUGCACUGGAAAGUUAGUUCCUCCCCUUGGCCCCACUUUACCUGGUGAUCACCAGGUCAUGCCUCCUUUCUCUCUUCUGGGCUCCAAGGGGAAGUACAAAAGCAUGCAAAUCUGGACCUCUGUGUCUCGGCUGAAAACCAGUAGAAGCCUUCUGGGUUCCUCUUUGAAAAUGCUGUGCUGAGCUCAGCAUGAGGAAAUGUUUGCACGGGCUUCUCUGAUGGGGGCUCUGGCUCUGACUCAGGCUGCCCUGGCCCCUGAAUGCAGCUUUCCAAACUGAGCAGCUCCUUUUCUGGUGGGAGUGGUCAGCACCCUCACCCCUUGAACUGAGACUAGUAGAUUCUAGAACUACCUCUUCCUUCCUGCCCUAGUGUUCCUUGAGUAGCUCCUGUGCUGAGCACUGUCACUGCUUCUAGGGACUUCAUGGUCUAGUGGAAUUUAAAAUCUCUAGCACUUACCAUGAGCCAAGCAUGUGUAGGCUUUUUAUACGUACCCCCACAAGCUUUCAGCAAGGUAUGUGCUACCCUUCUUUACAAAGGAAGAAUGAAGGUCAAAUAAAUCACCCAGGGUCACAGAGCUUGUAAGUGAGAGAGCCAGGAUUUGAUUUCGGGGCUGACUCCCAAGGCCACUUCUUACCCAUGUCACAUUUCCUCCCCAUUGUCCUGCAGUCACAUUUCCUGGAAGCACGAUUAUCAAGUUUUUCUCACUGACAGCUGUCUCUGGUCAUCCAUUGCUUCCUUUGCACGUGAAGAAGUCACUUCUUCAUGCCUGUUACGUAACUCAAGGCAACUUGCCUCCUAAUAAAGUUUUUGUAGCUCAAAA